UGAGUUGUUGAUUCGUAAAACGUAUUUUGACAAAAUUUCAAUUCAAUUCAACAAGAAAAUAUAUUUUAUUUUCUUCACUUUCGUCCUGAAAUUUGUUGAGUUUAUCUUCAUUAAUUACAGUUGGUGUAACCGCUGGUGCCUGAAUUAUUUUAAGUGCAACAAAACAGUAAACUCGUAUGUUGCAGUAUUGACCAACUUCAAAAUAGAGAUAGAUUGCAUUUUGCAAUCACAAUGUUGGUUCCUCCCAUGAGCGUUGAGACUAGUGGUAUUAAAAGAGAACGUUAUGCCAAGUCAUAUUGCUCCUGUUGGAAUAUUAAGAAGUUGCCAAUCUCGUGCACAGAGAUAAAAGGUUGUUUUUGCGGCGAAGACAAUGAUGUUUUCGACUGGAAAUGGAUAACACAUCCAUUAAGUGAGUCUAGCUGGGUGGUUGUAAAUGAAGACCAGAAGCAGGUCACCUUCCACCCCAUGUACAGUUUGGGAACUGCGGCUGCUAAGGGGGACACCCCUUUCUUGCACAAUUAUCACUACUACUGGGAAGUGAAGAUGCUUACCCAUACUUAUGGCACAGAUAUUAUGGUAGGCGUUGGUUCGGGCAAAUCAAAGUUGACAAUGAAUACAUCAAACUUAGACGUAAAAUUCGCAUCGCUACUGGGUCAAGACGGAGAGUCGUACGGGCUGUCGUACAAGGGCAGAGUUUGGCACAACGCGCAAUUCUCGGAGGAUACCGACGGCUUCGGUUUCGGAAGCAUUGUGGGCGUGCGCGUCGACUUUUGGCAGGGCACACUGCAGUUCUACCUUAACAGAAAGCCACAAGGAGUGUCGUUCUACAACCUGCGGCGGCACGCGGAAUUGUUCCCCAUUCUGUGCUCCACGGCCGCGCAGUCGUCAAUGCGCCUCACGUACGCCGCGUCGUGGCGCGCAUCGCUGCUGGUGGACGCCGCCAAGGUGCUGGCCGCAGGGCUUCGCGGCACCGACCUGCCGCCGGGCCUGCAGUUCACGCGCCGCUCGCAUUUCUGGCUCACGCUGCCCUCUGGCGAUUGCGACAAUGAUGAUCACGACCAAGAGGGCGAGAGCAGCUCUUCAAAGACAGAAGAAACAAACACCUUGUCAUCCGGCAUGAAGAGGCGACACUGGCAGAUAGGCACCUGGAGCCAGUCCACAACAUCCAGCUUGACAUCACGCUCACGUGUCAACAAUGACGUAACAUAGGCCCAUGACAUACCGUGAUAUUUCGUAAAAAUAUCUAUAUUGACCAUAACACCGGGUUUUAUUGACAUCAUAUACAAUGGUGCCAUUUCUGUUUAAUAUUUUUAGAGCUGCCGAUUUAUUUAAGAGAUCUUUGUAAACAGAACUGGCUCUGAUGUGUUGCAUACUGUCAAAUUAAAAAUUAAACUCGUGACAUACUUAUUAUGACAUAAAGUGAUAAUAUUUAUAUUAAUCGCAGCACCAGUACGGCUAGCAUGCGCGCCACGAUAUAAUUAUUUAUAACCGUUAUUUGUUUUAUUUCUACGGAGAUAUAAUAUAGAUAGAGUUAAAUGGGUAAACAUAACGUACUCGUGGCGCGCAUACUAGCCCUACUGGUUUGACAUAGAAUGUGUUGCCAAUGGUACAUUAUUAAAUAAUGACUCGAAAUGAAAUACUUAUUAUGACAUAACGUGAUGUAUGUCCACCACGCUGGCCCAGUGCAGAUUUGUGGACAAUACACACCUUUGAGUAAAUUAUGGGGAAAUCUCCGGCUUGCAGGGUUGAUGAAGCAAGUGGUAUUUUAAUUGCUUAGAACGCACAAACCUUAGAGAAGUUUGAGGUGCGUGCUAUGAUUCGAAUCCAGCCCCCCGAUAGAGAAAAUAUCGAAUAUAACAUGUUUAAGUGAUAAACUAUUCAUUGUUUGUUGGAGACUGGUACAGCCAUCUACCUAUACUACCUAUUUAUGUUAGAACAUUCCAAACCAAAGCUAACACUACCCGGUAUUUAAAAAUCGGUGAGGCUUCUCUUAAGAUAGAUAUACAAAACACCUUUUCUUUCUUGUCUUUAUGAUAAUUUUCUGCUGUUUACAUGACUUUUUUUUUUGUGAAUGUCAUGGUCGCUUGUUAUCGAUUAACAUAUAAGUGAAUGUGUAGAAUAUCGUACAAGUUUGUAACUGUAUAAGGUGUAUAUGUAUGUAUAUUGUUAGUGUCCUUAAGAAAUAAAUUAAAGAAUAAGGCUAGGCUAAACUGUCUUCUUCAGAUUGAAAAACUAUACUAAAUAUCAUAAAUUAUGCUUUUGUAAAUAGGUUCUAAAAUAAAUAUUUAUUAAUUUAUUAUGAUUACUAAGAUUAAAAUUAAAUUAUAAUAGCCUGUGAUACGAAAACGAUACAUUUUCUUUUAUUUUCAUGACCUUUUGAAACGACACAGGCUCGCUUGACCAAUUAUUUUUUUCAAGUGUUGAUGCAGUCUAAGAUUUUAGUUGGCAGUUAUAUUUAACCCAUAACCCCAAUCGCUUUCCGUGACAUCGUACCGGAACGCUAAAUCCCUUAGCGAUAAGUCUUUGUCGGUAGGGUGGUAAUUAGCCACGGCCGAAGCCUCCCACCAGACCAGACCAGGGAAAGUACGGAAAUAACAAAUUCCCAAGAGAACUCCUGUCUGGAAGAUAUAUACAACGUGUAAAUGAAAACCGAUAUAAUACUUCACAGGCUUUAGAGGUACAUAGACUUAACUGUGAAGCCGAAAACCUAAUAGUUUUUGAGUAAACCACUGACAUAGUUUUCACCGAAAGCAAUCAGAUAAAGCCCUAACAUCACAUGCAAAGUUAAAAUCAUGAGACUCCUGCCACUUUAUUAGG